ACACUAGGGUUCUUCUAGGGCGAUAUAUGGCUAUCAGGGGCAUGGCGAUCGUGGCUCUGGGAACUCCUCCUGGAACGCUGGAGCGAUGGCGCCGAUCUUUCAAGCCCCGGCGGAUGCGGAUGCUUUGCAGCGAGAGCGAUGCCGUUCCUGUCCAGGACGCUGUCCUCAAAGCCAUUUCAGCUACAGAGGUUUCCAGGGCCGACAACAGAGUUUCUCGGACAACCAAUGUGGUGAUGGGAGGAACCGUGGUGGAUGAAUGGCAGGCACUCGAUAGUAAGGUGAAUACGUACCCUAUGGAGCGUGGAUUCACAGCCAUUGGAACCGGUGGUGAUGACUUCGUCAGAGCAAUGGUUUUGGCUGUGGAAACUGUUCUUCAAAUUUCUGUCUCUACGGAGGAGAUUAGCAGCAAGCUCUCAUCCAAAGGCAAGUACAUAUCAGUGAAAAUCGGGCCUGUUGCAGUGCAAUCGAGUGAACAGGUGCGCGCUGUAUACAAUGCAAUGCGGUGUGAUAGCCGCAUGAAGUAUUUCUUGUAAAGUUUAUUUGACACGGCUCGUGUGAAUGAAAUGGUCCAAUUUAUAA